CUAGAUGUGGGAUGCUGCACGGGAGGAGGAAGUGAGAGACACGUAUGACGCUCGGAGAUCAGAGAAGCUGCUGUCGUUUUUGUAACCACAGUUUUUUCGCAGCUAUGAGGUGAAUGAGAUGAACGCUCCCUGAAGGAGGAAACACUGGAAACGGGCUGGAAAAAAGCUGUCAGUGAUGUCCAGAUGUUAGACACAGACUGCACCUAUCCUUCAUCAUGGACUCCAAGAAGCCAGGCAUGCUGCAUCAUCUUCGCAAGAAGCUGCCACAUCUCCGGAGGUCAAAGGGCGGCUCAGGCCACCCACUUGACCGGCUCAAACAUGGCAUGGAUAGUCGGAUGAGCUCCUCUGUUCCUGACAUGAGGAACUUGAGGCCGGAAUAUGCCAGCAUCUCCUCCAGCCCACAGCUACAACGCUGUGACAAUUCCUGCUACAGCAACCCUUCCACACCACUUUUCAAUCAUUCUAGAGGCCAGACACGAAGUGGGGGUGGCCUGAAAAUGGGAGUAGUCAGUGGAGUAGAUGGGAGGAGUGAAGACAGACUGAAUGUGCCCGCAGACUGUCCAGACUGGGCUUCCUCGCAGGAGUCGUUUAACAGUCUCUGUGAGGUAGAGAGGAGCUCUCUGAACCCAGACCACAGACCUGCCAGAGGCAUGGAGCCUGAAGACCUGUCCCAAUCAGACAUGAUGACUGCCUACAGCCCAGAAGUCUCCUCUGGGGACGUCUCACAGGACAGCAGUCAGUACAAUAAUCAUGAUCUGACCGGUCAUGUGUUAAAGGACGGAGGCGACCAAAAUACUGAAAUGGGCAACAAGUCUCCGAGUGUGUAUGAGAGCAUCAGGGAAACUUCCAGGUCCUUCCUGCUUACCAUCAACCUGAAGGAAGGACGCAACCUGGUCAUCAGGGACCGCUGUGGUACCAGUGACCCUUACGUGAAGUUCAAACUCGAUGGGAAAACAUUCUACAAAAGCAAAACGAUUUAUAAGAACCUCAACCCCACAUGGAACGAGACCUUCUCUCUACCUGUGAAGGAUCUGAAUCAGAAACUGUACAUUAAGGUCUACGACCAUGACCUGACCACUGAUGACUUCAUGGGCUCGACCCAUGUCACCCUGAGUGAUCUGGAGUUAGACAAGGUUAACGAACUGUCGUUGUCGUUGGAUGACCCAAACAGCCUGGAGGAAGACAUGGGCCUUGUGCUGGUGGACAUGAGUCUGUCGGUCAGAGACGGAGACAGUAAAAGAGGCCAAAGGUGGCCGCAAAUACGAAAACGAAGUAGUAGGUCGGGAACUUCCUCUCAGAGCUUCAGUUUGUCAGAAACACUAAAGAAGAGUCAGUUGUGGAUGUCUGUUGUCACGGUGACACUGGUUGAAGGUCAAGACCUGCCGCUGGACACUCUGGGAGGUCAGCUCUUUGUUCGCUUCAGACUGGGAGAGCUGAGAUACAAAAGCAAGAAUCACUGCAAAGUUGCUAAUCCUCAGUGGAGAGAGAAGUUCACCUUUAAUCUGUUCCUGGACAGUCAACAAAUCCUGGAGGUGGAGCUCUGUUCCAAGGAAGGCCGGAAAACUGAGGAGUGUUUGGCAACGUUUGAAGUGGACCUGUCCAGAGUCACUUACAAUCAGAGGCAGCUCUUCACAUACCCUUUGGAUCAGGGCAGAGGAUGUUUGGUUUUCCUUCUCACCCUGGAAACGUGCAGCGGGGUCUCCAUCUCUGAUCUCUGUGCUGCACCUCUCGAUGAACCUCAGGAACAUCAGAACAAACUGGAAAACUAUAGUUUGAAAAAUUCCCUGAAAAAAAUGGGUGAUGUUGGUUUCCUUCAAGUCAAAGUUAUCAAGGCUGUAGAUCUGCUGGCUGCUGAUUUAAAUGGCAAGAGUGACCCUUUCUGUGUGCUGGAACUGGGGAAUGACAGACUUCAGACCCACACAAUCUACAAGACCCUCUACCCAGAGUGGAACAAAGUCUUCACAUUCCCUGUCAAAGACAUUCAUGAUGUUCUGGUGGUGACUAUUUUUGAUGAGGAUGGAGACAAGGCGCCAGACUUCCUGGGGAAAGUGAUCAUUCCCCUGCUCUCGAUCCGCACGGGACAGCAGAUCGCCUACCCUCUGAAGAAAGAGGACUUAAGUGGGCAGUCGAAGGGGAGCAUCACUCUGGAGCUGGAGGUUAUUUUUAACCCUGUCAGAGCAAGUUUAAGAACCUUCCAACCCAAAGAGAGAAUGUUCAUGGAGGAUAAUCCCAAAUUUUCCAAAAAGGCUCUGGCUAGGAACGUGCUGCGUGUUCAGACAUUAUACAGGGCGAUCAUGUCGACUCUGCAGUACAUCAAAAGCUGCUUCCAGUGGGAGAGCAUUCAGCGGACCCUGCUAGCCUUCCUGAUUUUCCUGGUGACAGUGUGGUACUGGGAGUUUUACAUGCUCCCCUUCUUCCUGGUCUUGCUCAUCGUGAGGAACUACAUCAGGAUCAACUCCGGUCAAGUCAGCCAAGACCUGGACAACAUGGAUUUGGCGGAUGAGGAUGAAGAUGAUGAGAAGGAGUCGGAGAGAAAAGGGCUUAUAGAGAAAAUCCACAUGGUGCAGGAAACCAUCAUCACUCUUCAAAACCUACUGGAUGAAAUUGCUUGUUUUGGGGAGAGGAUUAAAAACACAUUCAACUGGUCUGUGCCGUUCCUGUCGGGCCUGGCUCUCCUGGUCCUAGUCAUUGCAGCGGUCAUCACAUACUUCAUCCCUGUACGCUACAUCGUUUUAAUAUGGGGCAUCAAUAAAUUCACCAAGAAAUUACGGAACCCAUACAGCAUCAACAACAAUGAAGUGCUUGAUUUCCUGUCGAGGGUGCCUUCAGAUGUGCAGAAGGUUCAGUACAGUGAAAUCAAAGGCAAGAAGAAGAAGAUACAGUAAAUGGGACGUGAUGCUGCUGAUGCUCUGUAGACUGUUUACAGUGGACGUGCUGGACGUCUGCACAGUCUCACUUUUUUGUUGGUUUCAGAGUGUGUGGUAGGUUUGAAUCUUAAUCUGCUGCGUGUCUGCUGAUAUAUCACAGCCGAUGAUACCCAACCCGCUCACAUUGACCAGCACCUAAAGCACCUUUCAAACAAAGACAUCCACACUGACGGACCCUGCAGAGAUUACAUGACCACAUUUUUACUAUUGUGUCUAUUGAGCAUUUCUGGACCAAUGUGUAAUGUUACUUCCAAAGAUUGUAAGUGUUUUAUUGUGUUUUAUUCUCUCAGAUAUUCAGUAGGAAGAUGAUGUUUUUUUAUGUCAUUUUCCCAGGUCGUGUCCUCCUGAAAACAACUGAAAUAUCACUUUGUAUUAUUGUGAAUGUAUUAUGUCUGGUAUGUAAUGUUUGUGAGUGUUGACAUUGACACAGACUUAAAAGAGAUUGUUUAUUUUGGGUUGUUUUUUUUAAAUCUAAAAAAAAAAAUAAGUUGCUGGGGUAGCAAUCAUUUUUAUAAUGGAUUAUAUAUAAACAGAGGAGAAUUCUUAGGAAAAUAAUUUUUAGCUCUUUGGUCUGUGUGGUUUUAUAUAUUCUUAAAUUUCAGGUCACAAUCUCUUCUCCAACUUCAUACUGUGUGUCCGAACAGCAACGUAACCAAAGUUGGUAGGAAAUAUUAUGCAUAUAUUUUCUGUUCACCUUUGGAAAAAUGAAAUUGAUGGUAAAGAGCUGCAUGCCCACAGUACUGACAACUCAUUUUCUUUCAAUAUGACAAUUUGCAUUUAUUUUAAGUUGCACAAGAUUUCCAUUUAUCCCACACAAGAGGCUCUGUACUUUGUACACACCUUUUAUUUAUCGGUAACAGUCACGGAUGAAGACUUUGUCUUUACUUUCUCACAAGAAUAAAUGGACACAAUCUCA